GCAGGUUAGGGUGUGUUGGGCGUGGUUCUCCGACUGUGGCGUCCACCUUUGCUACGGUGUACCUGUCUUCGCUUUCAAUUUGUUAUCUCUCACAGACAAAGGCCAUGUUUGGUUUUUCAGUUGGAAGACCCUUAAGCUCAAAAAGUGGUUUUCAGUAAACUAGGUUCAACCUCUAUUGCGUCUUGAUACUCAGUUUAAAAUGGAAGAAGAUGGAGUCCUUUUUGCCUACUGAGUUUGAAAAAUGAGCAUCUUCAACCGUAAGUUUACAAUUUAAACUCAAACAAGCACCUUUUGUGAGAUGAAGAUUGGACAUGCUACCUCUUGUUUCACCCAAUCUUCAUAUUCUUCAGCUAAAAUGCACCUUCAAAUAAACUGGUUUGGCUUCUAAGGCCGGUUUGGAUACUGAAGGCACGUUACUUUUCUUUGAUCUCUACAAUGAUAUGAAAACGUUGAGAAGGUGUGAGAGAUUUUGUGCUUGUUAUGGAAUCCAUAUUAGGAAAUUAUCAGUUAUUUCUGAGGGCAAAUCGGAGCCCUCAAUGGUUGAAAAUGUUGUUCACGAGGAGCGUAUGUCAAAUUUGCACUAUCUUUUGCAGUUAUGUGCAAAAACAAGAUCAUCAGUGGGAGGAAGAGCAUGCCAUGCUCAGAUUAUUCGUGUUGGCUGGGAAAUGGAUGUCUUAACAUCAAAUAUGCUGAUUAACCUGUACUCUAAAUGUUCUUUAGUUGAUAGUGCACGCAAAAAAUUCAAUGAAAUGCCAGUGAAAAGCUUAGUUUCAUGGAAUACCAUGAUUGGAGCACUUACCCAGAAUGACGAGGAUCAGGAGGAAGCUCUAACUCUAUUAAUUCAAAUGCAAAGAGAAGGAACCCCAUUCAAUGAAUUUACCAUAUCCAGUGUUCUAUGCAAGUGUGCCUUCAAAUGUGCUAUUCUUGAGUGCAUGCAGUUGCACGCUUUUUCAAUUAAGGCUGCUAUAGAUUCAAAUUGUUUUGUUGGAACUGCUUUGCUCCAUGUUUAUGCCAAGUGCUCUUCAAUAAAAUAUGCAAGUCAGAUAUUUGAUAGUAUGCCUGAAAGGAAUGCUGUUACAUGGAGUUCGAUGAUGGCUGGAUAUGUGCAAAAUGGGUUUCAUGAGGAGACGUUGUUACUUUUUCACAAUGCUCAGUUGAUGGGUUUAGAGCAGGACCCUUUUAUGAUAUCAUCAGCUGUUAGUGCUUGUGCAGGCCUGGCAACUUUGGUUGAAGGGAAGCAACUGCAUGCCAUUUCACACAAGUCUGGAUCUGGGUCAAACAUAUAUGUUUCUUCCUCCCUUAUAGACAUGUAUGCCAAAUGUGGCUGCAUAAGGGAAGCAUAUCUUGUGUUUCAAGGUGUGAUGGAGGUUCGGAGCAUUGUUUUAUGGAAUGCAAUGAUUUCUGGGUUCGCUAGACAUGCUUAUGCACCCGAGGCUAUGGUCUUAUUUGAAAAAAUGCAGCAAAGGGGCUUUUUUCCUGAUGAAGUAACAUAUGUAUCAGUACUAAAUGCAUGCAGUCAUAUGGGUUUAUAUGAAGAAGGACAGAAGUAUUUUGAUCUCAUGGUCAGACAGCACAAACUUUCACCGAGUGUUCUUCACUACUCAUGCAUGGUUGAUAUUCUCGGUCGAGCAGGACUCGUUCACAAGGCUUAUGAAUUGAUAGAGAGAAUGCCAUUUUAUGCAACUUCUUCUAUGUGGGGUUCACUUUUAGCCUCUUGCAGAGUUUAUGGCAAUAUUGAGCUUGCUGAGAUUGCAGCCAAGCAUCUGUUUGAAAUGGAGCCUAAUAAUGCAGGAAACCACAUCUUGCUAGCAAAUGUAUACGCAGCUAAUAAAAAGUGGGACGAAGUUGCAAGAGCGAGGAAGCUUCUUCGAGAGAAUGAUCUGAAGAAGGAGAGGGGUACAAGUUGGAUUGAAAUUAGAAAUAAAAUUCAUUCAUUUACUGUUGGUGAGAGAAACCAUCCACAAAUGGAUGAGAUUUAUGCCAAGUUGGAUGAUUUAGUGGUAGAGUUGAAGAAGCUAAAUUAUAAGGUGGAUACCGAUAAUGAUCUCCACGAUGUGGAAGAGAGCAGGAAACAGAUGCUUUUGAGGCACCACAGUGAGAAGCUUGCCAUUACCUUUGGAUUGAUGUGUUUGCCUAGUGGUAUACCAAUUAGGAUUAUGAAAAACCUCAGAAUUUGUGGUGAUUGCCACAUUUUUAUGAAACUUAUGUCCAAGUUUACUAGCAGGGAGAUUAUUGUUCGAGAUACAAACCGUUUUCACCACUUUAAGGAUGGAUUCUGUUCCUGUCGAGAGUUUUGGUGAAGUUCUGAUGUGUAUAUGUUUCUCUUUUAACUCCAACUAGCGCAUAGGAACAUUUUUUUCUGAUACAAAUGAUUGAUUUUAGUCUGUCGUAAAGUACGAAGGACAAGUGUCUUUAAAUCUGCGUUUGUUUGUAUACUAUGACUCUUCUCAUUCGCUGCAUUAAAACUUAUUUAGGUACCGAGGAUACCCUACUAAGUUUUUAGU